AUAGCUCUUGCUCUAAGCAGGUCGUGGAGUUGUACUCUGAUAUAAACUAAACUAUUAUCGACGGCUUGAAUGUUUUGUUUUUCCUUAGAUUUUAGAAGUACAGAAGACUUGAGCAGACAACAAACAGUAACCCACACUUUCAAAACCUUCCAUAACUCUCUUAACACAACGACCAAAAAUCUUCCCCAAAUUAAAACCCUAACAGAACAUGUCAGAGUUACAGCCACCACCACCUCCACCACCGCCUCCACCACUAGGAUCCAUAAAUGGACUAGUACUAGGAUCAAGAGAAGGAAUUACCACCACUGCCAUAACAACAACAGCAGCAGCAACAGUUGGAAUUCCUCUAUCUUCAGACAGACAACUGCAGCAGCAACAAUCUUUAGGUACAAAGCGACAACGAAGACCAAGUGUAAGAUUAGGUGAUAUUGGAGAUCAUAAUCAAACAGCAGCAACAACACAUUCUUACGAAUCUUAUCUAAGGAGAACAACAAAACAACAAUGGAAAGAUCAUAAUAAUAGUACUCAUAACAAUUUCUCAUAUCGACAUCCCUCUCAUUUUCUUAAAGAUCCUAAAUCAUCAAAGACUAGACCUUUAACCAAUUUAACCAAUACAGAAGAAACCUUUGAUGGUGGUGAUGGAAAGUUGAAUAAACCUAGAAGAAGUGGGGUUAAAAGGGUUCGAUCCAAUUGGGUAUCUAAUGAUGGAAUUAGAGACUUGGAUGACAAUUCUGAUACCCCUUUGAAGGAAUUAGGUGUUACUAGCCCAAUUCAAUCAAUUGAAGAAAACCCUAGGAAACAAAUUAGGGGUUCUAGGAUUGGGGAAUCCGAUGGUGGUGAUGAUGACGAUAAUGAUGAGGCGCCGCGGUUUAUCAUAGAAGAUGGUGUUCAGAAUUGGCUUAAUGGAUUGGGAUUAGGAAGGUAUGGGCCUGUUUUUGAAAUACAUGAAGUGGAUGAAGAAGUGUUGCCAUUGUUAACAUUGGAUGAUCUUAAAGAUAUGGGUAUUAAUGCUGUUGGUUCAAGGAGGAAAAUGUAUUGCGCGAUUGAAAAGCUUGGAAAAGGUUUUUCUUGAGGUGCACUAGUAUAUCAUAGUUCUUUACUCCAUUGAUCUACAUUCAAUUUGCUUGUGGAUUUGGUUGGUACUUGUAAAAAUAAAUGAUACAGCAGGAGGUUCAUUCACGCGUCGGGGUAAUAUGAUGUCGUGGUGAGCCUGGUUACCUGAUAGUCAAUAUCCCUGUAUUAAAGUCCGGUGUGUUGCCAUUCCUGAACGUAUAGGAU